AUGGAACAGUUGUCAGAGGAUCACUAUGUUUUCGUGGAAUUCCCGAAUUUUUUGAAAAGAAAAAGUCAGAAUGAAGUGGAUUUGAAGAUGAAAGUAACAAAUUUGGGGUUGGAUAUUCAUGAAACAGAGGAUAAUGAGCACUUCAUUCGGUUCAUUGAUUUGGAUGUGCUGGAAAAUGUCGAGGUUCUCGUUGGGAAGAAUACGCUGGCAAUUCUUGAUAAGUCAGAGAUCAAACCCAGCAAGAGCCUCACAGUUAUUGUAAAACUUGGUCCUUACUUCCAAUCAGUCGACCAAUUUCGACGUCUCCGGAAUCAACACUUUUAUUUGAAAUAUGACGGCUUCAGACUUAAUGAUCUACGUCUGUUUGUGGAGGACUGGAUUACCACUGGCCGUGAUAUUGGGACACGCUUCAGUUGGGGGCCGCGUCCAUCCGAGGACGUUCAACCCAUUAUGGAGCAUCUGAAGACGCAUUUAGGUGCUGUUGAAGCGGGGUCAAAUCUUGCCUUUUACUUCUCUGACAAAGCAAUUCAUGACAAUGGUUUAACUCUCAAAAUAGGAGAGGAUCGGGAGCUUGUGAUGUUUUGUAAAAAGAUCCGGUCGGAGAGCUUAUCUUAUUGUCAUUGGUCGUUUGAAAUGGAGGUUGUAUCGAGCGCAACUGCAGCUAGCACCGUGCCAACUCCUGAUUUCUGA